CAUCACUGAACUUCCACGUACUAUUCCAGCUUGUACUUUAAUUCUAUCUUUCGGAAACAGACUCUUGACCUUGAGGAGAAUACGUCGGUCAAGAUGUCUGUAAUGUUGACAAAGUUUGAGUCAAAGAGCAAUCGGGUGAAAGGACUUGCUUUUCAUCCUACACAACCGUUACUCGCGGCUUCAUUGCACAAUGGAAGCGUUCAGCUAUGGAACUACCGUAUGGGUGUGCUGGUGGAUAGGUUUGAGGAGCACGAAGGACCAGUACGAGGUGUUGCAAUUCACCCAAGCCGUGCACUCUUGGUGACGGGUGGUGAUGACUAUAAAAUCAAAGUCUGGGAUAUCCGACCACAGAAUAGGCGUUGCCUGUUUACUCUGCACGGACACUUGGACUACGUUCGGACCGUGCAGUUUCACCAUGAAAUGCCCUGGAUUCUUUCUGCCUCCGAUGACCAAACCAUACGAAUCUGGAACAGCACUUCUCGAAAUUGCAUAGCAAUCCUUACCGGCCAUUCGCACUAUGUCAUGUCUGCACAGUUCCACCCCAAGGAAGAUUUGGUCGUGUCAGCAUCGCAAGACCAGACUGUUCGCGUCUGGGAUAUUUCUGGACUCCGGAGAAGCACGCCAAACACAGCACCAGGCACCUUUGACACAUUUGAUAACUUCUCCACCGUCAAGUACGUUCUUGAAGGACACGACCGUGGAGUCAAUUUUGCUAGUUUCCACCCAACUCUGCCCCUCAUCGUGUCUGCUGCUGAUGACCGACAAAUCAAGAUCUGGCGUAUGAGCGAGAAUCGGGCAUGGGAGGUCGACGCUUGCCGUGGCCACUUCAACAACGUCUCUACAGCCCUCUUCCACCCAAAGCACGAACUGAUCGUAUCCUGUGGAGAGGACAAGACAGUGCGGGUGUGGGACCUGACGAAGCGGUCGGCGGUGCAGACAUUCAGGAGAGAACACGACCGUUUCUGGGUGCUUGCGGCUCAUCCUGAACUCAAUUUGUUUGCCGCUGGUCAUGACAACGGUUUAAUCGUAUUUAAGCUCGAGCGUGAACGCCCAGCAUUCACCAUGCAUGGUGACGUGUUGUAUUACGUCCGGGACAAAUACGUGCGUUCAUACGACAUCAACACUGGCUCAGACAUCGGACUCCUCAGUAUUCGCAAAUUCGGCAGUCCCUACGUCCCUCCGCGCACACUCAGUUACAAUCCCGCUGAGCGCGCGGUCAUAGUCACGAUCACGUCCGACAAUGGCUUGUACGAAUUGACGACCCUGCCGAAAGAUGUUGUGGGUGAAGUGAAGGACUCGUCAACGGAUGGGAAGAGAGGUAGUGGCCAAGCGGCAAUUUUCGUGGCUCGUAACCGAUUUGCAGUAUUGAACAAAACAAGCCAGUUGAUCGAAGUACGUGACAUGGCAAACUCUGUUGUCAAGACUAUCAAGCCACCUGUUGUGACCAACGAAAUCUUUUAUGGCGGAACUGCGAGUCUCAUACUCAGUUCAACAUCUUCGGUUGUCCUGUAUGACAUUCAACAACAGAAGACUUUGGCUGAGAUCACGACACCUCCUGUGAAGUAUGUGAUUUGGAGUGCGGACGGUUCCUUGGUCGCCCUUCUGAGCAAGCACACCAUUACCAUCGCCAACAAGAACUUCUCACAACAUACUCUCAUUCACGAAACGAUUCGGAUCAAGUCUGGCGCAUGGGACGACUCUGGUGUAUUCAUCUACUCCACGCUCAACCAUAUCAAAUAUUGCCUCGCACAGGGUGACCAUGGAGUGAUCUGCACACUUGACAAUCCCGUGUAUUUGACCAGAGUAAAGGGCAAGACGGUGCAUUGUUUGGAUCGCUCGGCAAGACCGCGCACGAUCACGAUCGAUCCCACAGAGUACCGCUUCAAACUUGCCCUUUUGCGAAAUAACCAUGAGGAGAUGCUGUAUAUCAUCCGGACUUCAAACCUUCUUGGCCAGAGUAUCAUUGCAUAUCUGCAACAGAAGGGAUUCCCCGAGAUCGCACUGCACUUCGUCCAGGACAAGACAACACGCUUUGACUUGGCAAUUGAGUGUGGUAAUUUGGAUGUUGCAUUGGAGACUGCUCGCGCGAUCGAUCGUCCAGAGUGCUGGGAGCGACUCGCUCAGCAAGCCUUGAAGCAAGGAAACCACAAGAUUGUCGAGAAGGCUUACCAGCAAACGAAGAACUUCGACCGACUCUCGUUCCUCUACUUAGCCACUGGUAGUACUGAAAAACUAUCAAAGAUGGCCAAAAUUGCAGAUGCUCGUGGUGAUCCUAUGUCUCGUUUCCACAAUGCUUUGUAUUCUGGCGACGUGCUUGGUAGGAUUGCUGUUCUGCGCGAUGUUGGAAUGCAUCCCUUGGCAUACCUCACUGCAAAAACCAAUGGUUUGGAAGAUAUUGCCCUGGAGAUUCUUGAAGCCGCCGGAUUGACCGAAGACGAUGUUGACGAUGUUCCCUCGUUUGGAACAUCUACCUUGCGACCACCACCGAUUAUCACACCAACCGCUGACCUCAACUGGCCUUCAAUAUCGACUGGCGAAAGCUUCUUCGAACGUGCGCUCGCGAAUGGUAAUUUGGAGGGUGGUUCAGAGGUGCCCUACAUGAAUGGACAUGAUACAGGUGUCGCAGCAUCAUCUGCUCUGGAUGAGUGGGCGAAGGACGAAGAAAUCCGUGAGGAUAUUGCAGCCGAUGAGGAUGGUUGGGAUCUCGAUGUUGGUGGAGAGGAGGCUGCUGCAGAGCCUGAAAAGGAGGAACUCGAAGUCGAGGCAGAUUUGGGCGCUGGCGCCAAUCCUGGAAUCAGCGAGACCGAGCUAUGGACUAGGAACUCUCCUUUCGCUGGCGACCAUGUAGCUGCGGGAUCGUUUGAUACGGCUAUGCAACUACUAAAUCGCCAAUUCGGUGUGGUUAACUUUGCCAACAUCAAACCUCUCUUCGUCUCGACCUACAGAUCAUCGCACGCAUAUCUAUCACCUGUUGCCUCGCUUCCGCCACUGCAGCUUCAUUUGAGACGGAACCCGGAAGAGUCUGCACCAAGCAGAAUUCUACCUGUCACUCCUCGUACUCUACAGUCGGUGCGCUCCGAGCUCUCGGAAGGCUUCAGAGCUGUAUCAGGGAACAAAUUGCCGGAGGCGCAAGUCAUCUUCCGUUCUGUCUUGCAAGUGCUCUUGCUCGUCCCUGUGUCAUCAGACUCAGAGGCUAAGGAGUGGCGUGACCUUGUUACAUUGGCGCGAGAAUACCUAUUGGGCGUAUCGCUAGAACUUGAGCGUCGUCAUGUAGCGCAAACCGACCCGGAGAACGUCAAGCGAAGUCUGGAAUUGGCCGCCUACUUCACGCAAUGCCAAUUACAACCUCCCCAUUUGCAAAUUGCUUUGCGAAGCGCUAUUGGAGUAUUUGCCAAAGCCAACAACCAUGCCACGGCUGCUAAGUUCGCGAGAAGACUGCUAGAAUUGAAUCCCGAUCCCAAAAUCGUCGCUCAGGCCCGACAGCGUAUCGCAGCUGGUGAUCGCAAUCCCAGAAACGCUGUUGACAUUGAUUACGACGAAUUCACUGAAUUCGACAUCUGCGCCGCCAGCUACACACCGAUUUACAAAGGCUCACCUGCCGUCCGCUGCCCAUACACAGAUGCGGCAUAUCUCCCGGAAUUCAAAGGCAAAUUGGAUUCUCUCAUUCAACUUACAGAGAUCGGGGCGUCUUCGUCAGGACUGCCGGCACCGCGGUCAUAGACUUUUUACGAGGAUUUGUAGAUUAUGUUAUUAGUUGGCCGGAUACGUCGUGUCUUAUUCAUGUUUUGUCGAAUUGACUCCUUUUUUCCUGCUUUCGCGUGAGCAUUUCAUUACUAUGCUCGUCUAAGUAUCCCCACAUUCAUGCUCUGGUUUCCCAAGAUACUUAUAGAGAUGUAUUUGGAUUCCAGCGCUUGCAUCCUUUCAACUGACGUCGAUGAGGCUGUAGGGCUUAACUGGGUUCUAUCAGACACGCGGCGACUGCUCUCGUCCCUCAACUGUAUCCUUGGAGAAAUAGAUUCUUCACGUACUGAGGUCGAUUCUUCGUGUGCAUCGG